AUGGAACAGAGUAGUGGCUUUUGGUUAGAGAGUGAGAUUGAAACUGCUGAAAUUCUUGCUCAUUUGUAUCAUACUUUUUCUUUGUUCAGCCAUGUGCCGUACUCAUGGGGGUGUAGAAAGAAGAGAUCUCCAAUUCGUAAUACACCUCCUUCUAAUGGCGGCGGGGCAGCCACCGUUGUUCCUCCACCUCCUUCUAAUGGCGGCGGGGCAGCCACCGUUGUUCCUCCACCUCCUCCUCCUCCUUCUAACGCCGUUAAAGUGAAAGCUUCAAGUCCAACAACCCCUCUUUCGUUUCCAACAACUGAAUCAGAUGACAAGAUUAAACAUUCCGAAAGAACAACUUCUCUCAAAAGGAAGAAAGAACAUUAUCUUAAUAUAAUUGAGGAAUUGACAAAAACCAAAGACUCUAUCAGUCAAGAGAUUGCAAAAGUGAAACUUCAAUGUGAAGAAUUGAAGCUCUCCAAUUCCAAAUUGAAAGCAAAACAAAUAAAGCUAAAAAUUAAUGGUCCUAAAGGUGAAUACAAAAAUCCCAAUUUAGAAAUUAAUAACGCAAUGAAAGUGAAUGAUAUCAUCAAAAAUUCAGUCAACACUUCCAAUUCCGCUACUCAAAAUGAAGAGCAAAGAAUUCAUCAUGCCAACAAAUUCAGGGUUGAUCCAACGACGUCGUUGGGAGUGGCAUCAUCAUCAUCUUCAUUGGGCCGCAACAGUGAUAAUAAGGCCCCAUUAUCCAUACCUGAUUUGAACAUAUCUUUUGAAGCAAUUAAAGAUUUGAGUAAAGUAAGAGAAGCUCAAGCAAGACAAAGAAGGAUUCACAUUUUGAGACUCAAGAGAAAUAAUGCCAAACAACACCAGUCUUCCUAA